UACCAUUCCGAGUGACGGAGUUUGUCGUAUUUAAACGUCAAACUUGGUUAACGUUAUUGCGUCUCUCAGAAAUUCGAUAGUGAACAAAAAUUGAUCAAGUACGAAAGAAAUGAAAAUCUUCAAACAUGCAUAGUGCUAAUUACGUAGAAACAGCGUCUUGGCAAGCAAAACGCAAUCAAUUUCUUUAUAGUUAUCUACGUUUCGUACCUUACAACACAAAUCAUAUUACAAACAUAACCUCGGAGAUAUUUAUACGUUAAUUUGUUUUAGUCUAAAAUUCUUAAAAAUUUUAACCAACAGUUGGUUUUAUCGUUGCAUUAUCCUGGCAAAAAUUACAGUUUUCAAAAGGUGCAAAUCAAGAAAUCACAAUGAAACGCAAACCAAAAAUAAUAUCAUCUGAUGCGACUGUUCCAAAGAAGCAUCAUUGGGCAAUGGGUUUACUUGUUUCUAUGGAAGAUCCUCAGUAUAAAGUGAAGGAAGACGAUAAAGUAACUGUCAUCAAAGAUAAAUAUCCUAAAGCCCAAUAUCACUACUUAAUUAUACCAAAAGCAGACAUUCCAUCAUUAUGGCAUAUAAAAAAAGAAAAUGAAGAUUUAUUGAUACAUAUGCACUGUGUCGCUGAGGACUUAACUAGGCAACAUAAAGAAUCUGAGUUUCUCAUUGGAUAUCAUGCAGUACCAAGUAUGCAGAGAUUACAUUUACAUGUAAUAAGUACAGAUUUUAACAGUCCUUGUCUAAAGACCAAGUAUCAUUGGAAUUCGUUUACAACUCCCUUCUUUUUGCAUUCAACAGAUAUUUGCAAUCAGUUGCGCGAGAAAGGUGAACUGAAAAAAUUGAAAUCGGAGGAGAGCGCGCAACAUUUGAGUAUUCCAUUGAAGUGUCACAAAUGUCCGACCACUCCGAAAAAUAUGCCGGAUUUAAAAAGGCAUUUGUUGGCGCAUUUUUCCGGCCGAAAUAAUCUUUUCGACCCUUGAAUAAUGCAAAAAACGAUCGUUAUCAUCACAGAUAUACUUUGAAGAGAGUAAUAAAUUAUUCAAGUAGCUUUUUCUUCCUUCUAUUUUCUUAAGUUAUGAGUAAACUAAGUAAUAAAAGUAUUCUUAUGUAAUAUGAAUUAAUGUUAAAAUGAUGAAAUAUUUAAAACUCUAAUUAGAGUGCCGAAUAAUGUUAAAUAUUGUAAUCAAUAGACAAUGCGCAAUGAUUGUAGUGUAAAUAAAUACACAUUCUGUAUAUAA